AUGGGUGAAGGUAGCAAUCUAAACGCAGCAAUAAUCCCAAUGGUAGAAGCAUCAUCAGUUAGGGAGGAGUUCCAUCCUCUUGAGGCAGAACCAUUUGAAAAUGCUUAUAGAAGUCCCAUAAUCGUGGAGGACAGAGGAAGUGCAAAAAAGUAUGGGAAAGGUGCAGCUAUGGAAGUGGAGGACGAGGGUCAGAAUGUGUUAAAUAAACAACUGGUUAUCCAAGAACCCAAAGAUCAACUGAUCAGAAAGGGUAAAGCCACCUGGAGAAGGAAAGGCCAGAAAGCAGGCAGACUUAAUAGGACAACUUCAACAGAAGAAAAUACCAAUCUUCAGAAAGGGGAUAUCAGAAGAACUGUCAGAGAUGGUUUGAAUACCAAAAUCCUAGCCUAUCCCUGGGUGAUUGAUCUUCCAACAGGUAUACCUGCUCUUAAAUCUGAAGUUUCAAGCAUACAGCUGACUUGGGUCAAAGAAUUAAUGUAUGCUGAUGGAAGAUCAUGGAAUAGGGGUUUGAUUCAGUCUCUCUUUACUGAUGAAUCCUGUAAUGCUAUACUGAAAAUGAAGGACUUGAAUCCAGCUGAAAAGGACAGAUGGGUGUGGUCUGCAGAUACCAAGGGAAAGUUUACAGUAAGUUCUGCUUAUUCAGCUGCAAUCAAAUAG